ACGUUACGUACGUGCCAGUGACUACAGUCGCUCUGGUUUGGUUUGUUGUGUGUACGUCGUGAAGGGGAGUUGAUUUUCGGCUCAUGAGCUGAUUUGAAAGUAGCGAAUACAGAAGGCGAGAGACCAGGUGUAUAAAAUAGUUCAGUGACAAGCUAAGACCAUGGAAGCUGAACAAAGUAUGGAAGGACAAACACAGGUUUCGGAAAACCCUCAUUCUGAAUAUGGUCUCACAGAAAAUGUUGAGAGAAUAGUAGAAAAUGAAAAGGCCAACACCGAAAAAGUGUCUAAGCAGAAGGUGGAUCUUCAGGCAUUGCCUACACGAGCAUAUCUUGAUCAAACCGUGGUUCCUAUUCUAUUACAAGGGCUUUCUGUUCUUGCAAAGGAAAGGCCUCCAAACCCAAUAGAAUUCUUAGCAGCCUAUCUGUUAAAGAACAAAACACAGUUUGAAGACCGGAACUAGCAUAUUAUACUAGCUGACGAUUGAUCCAAAAAUUCACCUAAGUUGCUAAAAUGGACUGAAUCAAAUUAUAAAACUUCAGGUUCGACAAAUGUAAAAAGCGGAGUCAUUUAUUGUAAUACAUUGUUUUUAUUUAAGUUUUUCAUUGUACCUUCAGCUAUGCCUAGUUUUGUAUAAAGUGCCCUUAAAGAGACAUUGAAUAAAAAAAAAAGUUUCAAAUUAUAAA